AUGCUUCCAUGGUUGGCCUUUGGGCACUUGAUACCAUUUUUCCAACUUUCCAAAGCCUUAGCCAAAGCUGGUGUUCGUGUGUCUUUCGUAUCAACUCCCAAAAAUAUUGAAAGGCUUCCCAAAAUUCCUUCAACUUUAGCUCAUUUGGUUGAUUUUGUGUCAUUUCCUUUGCCAUCAUUGGACAAAGAGCUCUUGUCAGAAAGUGCUGAAGCCACCAUGGACAUCCCGUUUGAAAAAAUUCAGUACUUAAAGUUGGCAUAUGACCAUCUCCAACAUGGUGUGAAGCAAUUUGUGGCCGAUCAGUUACCCGAUUGGGUCAUCUGUGACUUCAAUCCUCACUGGAUUGUAGAGAUUGUGAAAGAGUUCCGGGUAAAGUUAAUCUUCUUUAGUUGUUUAUCAACUCCUGCAUCAACAUUAUUCGCACAACCAGAAACGUGCAAAACUCCUUUAUCUCCAGAAAGCCUUACAAAACCAUCAGAAUUUGCGACAUUUUCAUCAUCAGUGGCUUAUCGAAGACACGAGGCAAUUCCUUUUUCUGCUGGUGUGAACGAGGUAAAUGCUUCCGGGGUGAGUGAUCUUGAAAGGAUCAAGAUGAUAGUUUCUGCUGCUCAAGCAAUAAUACAUCGUAGUUGCUACGAAAUUGAUGGAGAAUAUUUGAAUGCACUCCAACACCAAUCUGAGAAGCCUGUGAUUCCCAUAGGGUUGUUACCUAUAGAAAGAGGAACUGUUGAUGGGUCUAGGGAUAAGAUAUUUGAGUGGCUUGAUAAGCAAACAUCCAAGUCAGUUGUAUUUGUAGGGUUUGGCAGUGAGUUGAAACUUAGCAAAGACCAAGUUUUUGAGAUAGCUUAUGGACUUGAGGAGUCUGAAUUGCCAUUUUUAUGGGCAUUGAGAAAACCAAUCUGGGCAAGCAAUGAUGAAGAUUUUUUACCUGUUGAUUUUAUUGAAAGGACAAAUAAUAGAGGAGUUGUUUGUAAGGGAUGGGUCCCACAACUGGAAAUAUUGGCACAUCCAUCUAUUGGAGGGUCUUUGUUUCACUCUGGCUGGGGUUCUGUCAUUGAAACCUUGCAGUUUGGUCAUAUCCUAGUUGUAUUACCCUUCAUCGUAGAUCAACCUCCUAAUGCAAGGUUUUUGGUGGAAAAGGGUCUAGCCAUAGAAGUGAAUAAAAAUGAAGAUGGGUCAUUCACUAGAAAAGACAUCGCCAGAUCUCUUACACAAGCUAUGGUAUCAGAGGAAGGAAAGAAGAUAAGAAGCAAUGCAGAAGAUGCUGCUGCAAUUGUAGGAAACAUGGAACUCCACCAGGGUCAUUACAUAGCUGAAUUUGUUCAGUUUCUAAAGAGUGGAAUAUGGAAACAGAAAUGA